GAGAGGCUCAGUAUCUUCUGGCUGAGGCGCGGUUGGACACCACGGCGGUGAAGUUUCAGCUGUUGGAUGCAGCUAUUGAGUACCGAACUUCUUUCCUGGCGCUGCAGUCCACUGACGACGAUGAAGACUAUCGCUACUUCAUAAUCAGUGUACAGUGGGUGUGUGCAUUGAUGGAGAAGGUCAUUCUGGAGGCAUUCUCGCCUGAGAAGGACGCGCAGUCAACAAACAGUAUGUCUUGA